GCUGCUCCGCGCGCACGCGUCCAGUCUGCAGAGCCUCGUGAGUUUCUCUGCUUUAUUGGUUGUGUUUAACUUUAACUUUAAAGAUAUUGUUGCGUUAACGGAACUUUAACGGCUGAGCGGUUAUUUCAUGAAGAGAUUAAAAUGUCGUCUUUGUUUCCGUCUGUCUCAGACCGGUUUAUUGUUAGCAGCUAACAGCUACCGUUAGCGGGUUUGUUGUUGUUUGUGUUUACUCCUGAUGGUUCCGAUAUUUCUGCUCUCUAAGUCACUAAAAUAAAAUCAAUCUUCUUCACUGGAGUUGAGCUGGUUAGGGUGGAGGAGUUGAGCUGGUUAGGGUGGAGGAGUUGAGCUGGUUAGGGUGGAGGAGUUGAGCUGGUGAGGGUGGAGGAGUCGAGCUGGUCAGGGUGGAGGAGCUGGUCAUGUCAUGUGAUGUUUCUGUCUUUCAGUUUGAAUGAUGGAGCUUCAGUCUGCCAAGACAGAAACGUUGAAGGAGGGAGGAGGACAGAGAAGACAUGAGGAAGGAGGAGGAGGACAGAAGGCACCGAUGAAGAGGAGACGAGAGGAAGAACGGGUCUCACCCCCCAAGAAGCUGCUGAUUGAUCACAGUGUGAAGGUAGCGAGUCACUACAACAGUCUGCAGGAAGUCGGUCUGGCUGCGAGAAGUCAAAGCAGAAUCUUCUUCAUGAGGAACUUCAACAACUGGCUGAAGAGUGUCCUGAUCGGAGAGAUCCUGGACCAAGUGCGGGGUUCAGGAUCUCCGAAGGUUUCUGUGUUGGACCUCGGCUGUGGGAAAGGAGGAGACCUGCUGAAGUGGAGGAGAGGAGGAAUUAAUCACCUGGUCUGUGCAGGUAAUUUAUUAUGGAGUUAUUGUUACCAGCACAUUUCUUCAGGGUCUUUACACCUCUUCUUGUAGUUCUCGUGACUGAUGUUCUCCUGACGUAGACUCUCCUGACUGAUGUUCUCUUGACUGAUGCUUUCCUGACUGAUGUUCUCCUGACGUAGACUCUCCUGACUGAUGCUCUCCUGACUUGUGUUCUCCUGACUGAUGUUCUCCUGUCGUAGACUCUCCUGACUGAUGUUCUCCUGACGUAGACUCCUGACUGAUGUUCUCCUGACGUGUGUUCUC